GUGUAGGUGCCUCUGCUCCUUGCCCUGUGCCUGUGGCCUCCUGCUCCUCAGCCCUGCCUGGACCAGCAAGAUGAAGUGGAGGAGGAUCGUGACCUUUGCCAUCCUGCAGGCUCAGCCCCUAGUCACAGAUGCUGUACCAAUUCUUGGACUGACAGAUCCAAGACUCUGCUACUUACUGGAUGGAUUCCUCUUCAUUUAUGCAGUCAUCAUAACAGCUCUGUUUGUGAAAGCCAAGCUUAGCCAAGCCUCUGAACCACAGCUGCCACCAGGCCAGGAUGAUGUGUAUAACAAACUGUCUCAUGGACACAGAGAUGAAUAUGAUGUUCUGGGGACAAAGCGAGGUGCAGACCCUGAGCUGGGCGGGAGAUACCAGCAAAGAAGAAAGAACCCUCAGGAUACUGUCUACACUUCCCUGCAGAAGGACAAAAUGGGUGAGGCAUACAGUGAAAUUGGGAAGAAGGGAGAGCAGCAGAGGCGGCGAGGCAAAGGGAAUGAAGGUGUCUACCAGGGACUCAGUACAGCAACCAAAGACACUUACGAUGCUCUCCAAAUGCAGCCUUUGCCCCGCCGCUAAGAAGGAGUCAUGGGAGAGCAGGGGUGGGCAAGGGGGAAAGAUGCCCUCCUGCUUUUUAAAGGAGAAGAGAAAGCCUUUUUCAUCCAGAAUAAGCCCUGUGUAUUUUCUCAGUGCAACAACCUUCUUUUGUUGGUGCACAGAAAGAAUAUGUUUGGACUUGGUCAAUCCUUUCUCCCUUCUCUUUUGGAUCAUGUAAUUGCUUUAGCUAUUAAAAUGUACAUAUUUGUAAA